AUGGAAAUUCUAAAACUUCCUCCAGAAAUUUUAGAGAAUAUUUUUCUCCAUUUGGAUACUCAAGCAUUGGGUGCUUGUGCUCUUGCAGAUCCUCGUCUGGCAGAUAUAGUCUAUUCAUCUCACUUCCUGGAUGAAUACUGUCGUGCUUCGCUCAGCUGCACAUGGGUCACGGCUGCGGAUGUGUGCAACAUGUGCAUUGCGGUUCCAUAUGAGUUCUGGUUUUGGGUUUAUACGACAAUGAAGCUGGAGGACACUGGCCAAGCUUAUGUGAUCUUUCAUAAUAAGUACCUGACCAAGAUCGGAACCUUCCGGCACAUGUUUAUUAUGUGGCUCGUCUGCGGGCUGCGACCAAGCUUCCUGUAUUCACACACACUGAUGUACCAGCGCUAUCCGCUGCCUGAGACCGUCAGCGAGGUCUUUGAACUCAUUGAGCAGCCGGUACCCGACAUUAUUGAUACGCUUUUGAAGAUUUUCAUUGGUCUCCCAGAAAUCAUGAAGCUUACCUGCAGCAGCCUAAUCCUCUUUAAAAUGCAGGGUGGGGGAAGCACCAGUCUUUACAUGGACAUUGUUUGCAACGAUGGGAUUGAACCUAAGUUGCCAGUUGGGUUUUCAUGCAUGUUUAGUAUUGAAAUAAUUCUGACAGCCAUGUUCGGCAAGCAUCCAUCGCUUCUGAUUCUUAUUGGCAAAGAUCGAUGGGUUUUGUGGCUGGGUUGUUUAAUCAUCUCUUUUGAUCACAAUGAGGUAAGCAUUGCCGACAACCUGUUUUGUAGGUACUUCAGCAACGAAGAAAAAAUCUCAGAGAUUCGAUACCAAGCUCAGCAUGCGAUUCUUGAUUUGAGUGGGUAUGUGUAUAGCCUGAGAGAUGCUGCGCCAUGCCCCAUCAUCUCUGGUGAUCACUCAGAUAUGGCAGCUUUGACUAUUUCUUUAGCACAAGAACAUCAUCGGGGGUUACAACAAAAGUUUGACUUGGUCCUAGAUAAGUAUUGCUCACAGUUGGUUAGUACCGUCACCGAAAAGGACUACAUGAGCGGUCACAAUAAGGAAAUCAUUAUAGAGUGUUUCAACUUCAAAAUAUCUCAAAAUCUACAGAUCAAUGAUUAUGUCUUUCGGUUGCUUAAAUGUGAUAUGAACAAAAUUAAACACAAUUCAUUCGAGAAUUGGUCAUACAUGAUGUACAAAUGUAUUUUAGAGCGUAUAGCAUGUUUGUUCCGAACAGAAAUACAUUUCUGUGUAGAGAACAGCUUCUGCCAUUCAUUCCUCUGUGGUUGCCUUGGACCAACUUACACACCCAGAGAUUCAGAGUAUGUUGAGGACAAAAUAGAAAAAUGCUUGUCGGAAAAAAUGAAAGAUGGCCUGUACUCUCCACACAUGUGGCCAUCACAUGUUCUGUCAGCAGCUUGCCAGAUUGUGCCGAUUCUGACAGAAAUUUUGGAGGCAGAUAUUCAGAUGAUAACCUCAAGAAGUACAAAAUUCGUAAUCCCCAGAUCGGUUCAGCAACAAACCAAUCAGAAGCUUCGAAAUGCUGGGAUGAUACUCACCAAUAGGCCCCCGAGCAAGCCCCGCUGUCCUCCCCUGUUAAAACAGGUUCGCUUUUGGUCUAUGGAAAGCCUUAUAUGA